GCCACCCGGACGGAGGCGCGAUGAGGAGCAGGAGUAACUCGGGCGUCCGGCUCGAUGGCUACGCCCGCCUGGUGCAGCAGACCAUCCUGUGCCACCAGAAUCCUGUGACUGGCUUACUUCCAGCCAGCCGUGAUCAGAAAGAUGCUUGGGUCCGGGAUAAUGUCUACAGUAUACUGGCGGUGUGGGGCCUGGGCCUGGCUUACCGCAAGAACGCAGACCGAGAUGAGGACAAGGCGAAGGCCUAUGAAUUGGAGCAGAGUGUUGUGAAGCUGAUGAGGGGGCUGCUGCAGUGUAUGAUCAGACAGGUAGACAAAGUCGAGUCCUUCAAAUACAGUCAGAGCACCAAGGACAGUCUCCAUGCCAAGUACAACACCAACACCUGUGCCACCGUGGUGGGAGAUGAUCAGUGGGGCCACUUGCAGUUGGAUGCCACCUCUGUUUUCCUGCUCUUCCUGGCCCAGAUGACGGCCUCAGGGCUCCAUAUCAUCCACAGCCUAGAUGAGGUCGAUUUCAUACAGAAUCUUGUGUUUUACGUUGAAUCUGCUUAUAAAACAGCUGAUUUUGGCAUAUGGGAACGUGGUGAUAAGACCAACCAAGGCAUCUCUGAGCUGAAUGCGAGCUCUGUUGGGAUGGCAAAGGCAGCCCUGGAAGCUUUGGAUGAACUGGACCUGUUUGGUGUGAAGGGCGGGCCCCAGUCCGUAAUCCAUGUCUUGUCAGACGAGGUCCAGCACUGCCAGUCUAUCCUCCAUUCCAUGCUGCCUCGGGCCUCAAUGUCCAAAGAGGUAGAUGCCAGUGUCCUUUCAGUGAUUUCCUUCCCAGCAUUUGCAGUAGAGGACAGCCAGCUGGUGGAGAUUACAAAGCAGGAAAUAGUCACCAAGCUGCAGGGUCGUUACGGCUGCUGUCGCUUUCUCCGGGAUGGGUACAAAACCCCCAAAGAGGAUCCUCAUCGUCUAUACUAUGAGCCAGCGGAGCUGAAGCUGUUUGAGAACAUUGAGUGUGAGUGGCCUUUGUUCUGGACCUACUUCAUCCUGGAUGGCGUCUUCAGUGGCAACGUGGAACAGGUGCAGGAGUACCGCGAAGCUCUUGAAGGGGUCCUUAUCAAGGGCAAGAAUGGGGUUCGCCUUCUGCCUGAGCUCUACAGCGUCCCUCAUGAGAAGGUUGACGAAGAGUACCGGCAUCCUCACACUGUGGACCGAGUUCCCAUGGGCAAGCUGCCUCACAUGUGGGGCCAGUCCCUGUACAUCCUGGGGAGCUUGAUGGCAGAGGGAUUUUUAGCACCUGGGGAAAUCGAUCCUCUGAAUCGGAGAUUUUCAACUGUCCCCAAGCCAGAUGUUGUGGUUCAAGUGUCCUUUCUAGCUGAGACGGAAGAAAUCAAGGUCAUCUUGAGGAACAAUGGAAUUGAUGUGCAGACAAUUGCUGAAGUGUACCCCAUCAGAGUACAGCCAGCCCGAAUCCUCAGCCACAUCUACGCCAGCCUAGGCCGCAACAGCCGGAUGAAACUCAGUGGAAGACCAUACCGACACAUGGGAGUCCUAGGAACAUCUAAGCUCUACGACAUUCGCAAAACCAUCUUUGCUUUCACGCCACAGUUCAUAGAUCAGCAACAGUUUUAUUUGGCCCUUGAUAACAAGAUGAUAGUGGAGAUGCUGCGGACAGACCUCUCCUACCUGUGUAGCCGCUGGAGAAUGACAGGACGCCCCAUCAUCACCUUUCCCAUCCUGCACACCAUGCUUGAUGAAUCUGGAACCACCAUAAAUGCAUCUGUCCUGGCUGUGCUCAGAAAAAUGCAGGAUGGCUAUUUUGGUGGGGCAAGGGUCCAAGCAGGUAAACUGUCCGAGUUCCUGACGACCUCAUGCUGUACCCACCUGAGCUUCAUGGAUCCUGGCCAGGAGGGCAAGCUGUACGGCGGGGAUAUUGACGAUGACAUUGAUGACUACGGUGAUGGAGAGCUGUACUCGGACAACUGGCUGGAUGAUUUGGACUCCCCCAAGCACGUCCGUGGCGGUGAUGAAGUCCUGUGGUACUUAGACCGCCUUUUGGAGCACACUGCACCCAAGCCCACACUGUCCCCUACUGCCCAGCAGGGAGGGCUCAGUCGCUUCCGAACGGCAGUGCAAACAACCCGUGACUUCAUGUCCUUGGUGACCAAGGCUAAGGAGCUGCAUGUACAGAAUGCUCACGUGUACCUUCCCUCAAAGCUCCUGCCAGCCUCCCGGACUUCGUUCAGCUUCCUGGACACCACGUCUCUCCCUCCACGGGCUGAGCAGGUUCCUUCUGUCCAUGUGGAGAUGCACCUUCCCCGGGAUGAAUCAGGGGAGGUAGACUUCCAAGCCCUGGUGGGCCAGUUGCAUGAGUGCCCAAGCUUACAGGACCAAGCUGACAUCCUCUACGUGCUUUACACCAUGAAGGGUCCUAACUGGAACACCACCAUGUCUGGUGAAGAGGGUGGGACUGUCCGGGAGCUCCUCGCUGCCCUGUAUGCCAAAGCUGGGGAGGUGCGUCACUGGGGCCUAAUCCGCUACAUCUCCGGCAUUCUAAAGAAGAAAGUGGAAGCCCUGGACGAGGCCUGCACAGAUCUGCUGUCUCACCAGAAGCACUUGACGGUGGGAUUCCCUCCAGAGCCUCGGGAGAAGACCAUCUCUGCUCCUCUACCCUAUGAGGAGCUCAGCAAGCUAAUCGAUGAAGCCAGUGAAAACGAUGUCAACGUCUCCAUCCUCACACAGGAAAUCCUGGUGUACCUGGCCAUGUACAUGCGGACUCAGCCCAGCCUUUUUGCGGAGAUGUUCCGGCUCCGGAUUGGCCUCAUCAUCCAAGUGAUGGCGACAGAGCUGGAGCACUCACUCCACUGCUCAGCUGAAGAAGCCACAGAGAGCCUGAUGAACCUCAGUCCUUCAGCCAUGAAGAAUCUCUUACACCACAUUCUCAGCGGCAAGGAGUUUGGCGUGGAAAGAAGCGUGCGUCCUGCUGAUUCCAAUGUCAGCCCCGCUAUUUCCAUUCAUGAAAUCGGUGCUGCUGGGGUGACCAGAACUGAACGGGCAGGAAUCAUGCAGUUAAAAAGCGACAUAAAGCAGGUGGAAUUACGCCGACUGUCUGUCUCAGUUGAGAGUCAGCCCAAUGGUGGCCACAUGCUGAGUGCUGAGCUGAUGUCCCCAGUUCUGUCACCUGGAACUUCUUUAAGCCCAAGUGGGGGCUCCUUUGGAAGUGCCUUUGAAGAGCAGUCCUGGAAAGACACUCGCCAGGGCCAGUGGCAGCGCCGGCGCCGGCUCGAUGGAGCACUGAACAGGGUCCCUGUCGGGUUUUAUCAGAAAGUGUGGAAGGUUCUACAGAAGUGCCAUGGCCUGUCUGUGGAAGGCUUCGUUCUCCCUUCUUCAACAACCCAAGAGAUGACACCAGGGGAGAUUAAGUUCUCUGUUCACGUGGAGUCUGUCCUCAACCGCGUUCCUCAGCCAGAAUACCGCCAGCUGCUGGUCGAAGCCAUCCUCGUCCUGACCAUGCUGGCAGACAUUGAAAUCCAGAGUGUCGGUGGCAUCAUUGCCGUGGAGAAAAUCGUACACGUUGCCAACGAGUUGUUCCUGCAAGAGCAGAAAGCCCUCGGGGCAGACGACACCAUGCUGGCAAAGGAUCCCUCCUCUGGCAUCUGCACCCUCCUGUACGACAGCGCCCCUAGUGGCAGGUUUGGCACCAUGACCUACCUCUCCAAAGCUGCAGCUACCUAUGUCCAAGAGUUUCUGCCUCACAGUGUCUGUGCCAUGCAGUGAGGUGUUUGGCCUCUGCCACGCUGGAAGCUGGCACAGGACUGAGCACACCCUCCCUUUUUCUCCUUAGCUUAGAAGGCGAGCAAACCCACCUACUCCAGUAGCUGCUUGGGCAGAAACCAGCUCUUUGUAGAGGCUGGCUUAGAGCACUCCUCAGCAGCCGUUUCACCAGGGAUGGCCUCCGGGUGCACUGGCUUGGCCUGUUCAUUCUGUUCCUGACUCACUUUUCCUGUUUUCAUCCUAACUUAUUCCUCUGUAUUGUGGGGUACAAGGCGGGGUUCUUCAACCAUGUAUUCAGUUGUUUCACUUUGAAAGCUUGGGGAGGGUGGAGUCUAAGCCUUUUCUCCCAGCUGCGUCCUGGUCUUCCUGGGGGCCACGUGCCAACCACAUGAACGGCCGCCCUCCCAUCCUUCCUUGUGUCCAUCCACUCACUGAAUGAUGAAAGGUCUACCAGCUCAAGGCCGGGGGCUCACGGCCAGAUACGACUCCCGGUGCUCAGCUGCCCAAGAGUCAUUGGCAUGUGGCUAUACUUGUAGAGUCUGGGCCUUGAACAUUUCAAAGAAGGGUGGGGAGGCAACAGACCCAAAGCCAGCAUCCAAAAGUGGUGAGUCGAGGGGCAGAUUCUACUCUUCUUCCCCAAGGAGGAUUCUGGGCUGUCAUGCUCCAUCUCACUGUCUUCCAGUCCUCCAACUCCCAGGCACCUCCACUUUCCCCACUGGCACUUUGAGAGGUGUGGGAUAGAUCUAGCUCCAGAUGAGCACAUGCACAUGGGUAGGGGAUUAGGAGCAGCCUCUCACUGUGCUAGUGUGGGCCUUAUGGGAGGGUUCUAGCCUAGCAGGACUUCUCAGAGAGGGUGGGGUCCUGAGCCCCUUUGCUAAAUUCACUUCUCUGACCCUGGUCCUAAAUCUGGGUCACCUCAUCUGUAGAAGGUUCUUCCAACUUCUCCUGAUUGGAAGACCAAGAUCUUACUUCCCUAUUCUCCUAGCAUUUACUGCCUCUCCCCCUCCCGGCCCCCAGCAAUCUGUCUGGGCUUUGAAAAGAACUCCGAGCCAAUGUUCUUUCUACCAAGAGCACCUUCAUGCCCAGCUCAGCGAGAAUCUUCUUAGCUACAAAAGAACAAGCAGUGAGUGUCAGGAAACCAAAUGUAAAGAAGGCGUCCCUCUACCCUCUUACAUUCAAAGGGCAAGGGGUGGCUGGAGAGAUGGGGCUGCCUUCCAGUUGGGGGCCAGCUUCCCCAUGGAGCUUUCAGCCCAGACUACCAUUUGGCCUGGCGUAGCCUGGCAUGUGCCUAGCAUGGCUCAGCACUAGGACUUCUGGGUUUCCCAGCUGCAUCUUUGCUGGUGCUCUCGCGUUUCACUGUCUGACUUGACACUGAGGAUGUGCGUAGCCUUUUCUUGUUUGAAAAGAAAACAGCAAUGUUUUGAAAGUUGACAGAAUAAAAGUAAAAUGUGCCCAA